UAUGGAAACGAGUUUGGAUGAUGAAAUUAAAACGGCAUGUUUGGACAGAAAACAACGAGCAAUAUGAUAAUUUUAUAGCAAAUGUAGUUCGCUUUAGUGAACAACUUAAUAGACAUACUCGAUCAAAUGAUGAGAUCCUCACCAUCCGUGAAAAACUUGACCUCCACCUUGAAGGAUAUUUGAGAAUCCUGGCCCUGCAUAUACUAAAUAUCACGUCUGUAUCCAGCUCUAAUGAUUCAUCCAA